AUGCAGGGCGGGGGCCAGAUGCUGUGGUUGCUGUUCCUGACCCUCGCAGGCCUGGGGGGCCCCGUGCCUCUGUCCCCAGAUCCCGAUCUGGGGAGGGAGCGGAAUGGCACCGUGGGGGUGCGCGAUGCCCCUGCCGGCCGGUGGCCGUGGCAGGUGAAGCAGAUCAUCCGACACCCCAAGUUCAACUACAGCCUGUCUGGAGGGGGUGGGGACAUCGCCCUGCUGAGACUGGAGGCCCCUGUGGUGCUCUCCCAUCACAUCCACGUGGUCUCACUCCCACCUGCCUCACUGAGGGUCCCAGAGAGGAAGAUGUGCUGGGUGACCAGCUGGGGCUACAUCAGGCUCAGCGCGCCACUGCCCCCGCCCUACCACCUGCAGGAGGUGAAGGUGCCCAUCAUGGGGAACGAGGUCUGUAACCAGCGCCAUCAGAACUCUUCUGCAGACACCACCAACCAGAUCAUCCAGGAUGACAUGCUGUGCGCAGGGAGCAAGGGCCGGGACUCCUGCCAGGUGGGACCCCAGACUCACCCUUGGAAUUGCACCUGGGUCCAGGUGGGGGUUGUCAGCUGCAGCCGCUGGUGUGGUCUUCAGGACUUCCCUGGGGUAUACGCCCAGGUGACAGGCUACGUGUCCUGGAUCCGCCAGCAUGUCCCUCUGUUCCCCGGGCCCUAG